AAUAAUUCGAGCCUGCCUAUAAUACAUGAUUAUUAUGAUUUAUGGAAUCCAUUUCUACAGAUGAAAUUAUCAAAACACAUGUCAGUCUCGGCGCACAUGCGCUUUCAAAAGUAAAACAAGCAGACCAGUUUUCUCGCGCAAAUCGUGGUGAAUGGUUGUACUGUAGUUGCAUUUUUGCACAUUAUUAUCGCAACAUUACGAAACGGUCAUUUCUCAACAUUCAGUUUUAAAAUUUAAAAAGUUUUCACGAGUUCGAUAAACUACGCUCGAAGUUAAUCGACUCGUCGGUCAUUACUGUCAUUACGAAUUUAUUGCUCACAAUAAAAAAAAUGCUCGUGCCUAGGUUAAGCCCUGUCUUUCAGAAUUUAUGCAGAAUCAAUCGAUCGAUCGCUCGUAACGUCGUCUCACAACAACGUCGCCUGAAGUCGACGCAGGACGCCGAGGAUGAGCCGAUCAAGUGGUCCCAGUCGGAGGCGUCGAAAUGGAAAGCCGAGUACAGCCGAGCCGGUGGUCCGCCGAUCGAGAGGGUCUGGUGGUCCGAGUACUCGGUGAUGAUCAGCGUCGCCGCGUUCAUGAUCUACUUCUGCUAUCUGCGAGAGGAGAACGACUUGGACGAGCGAAUUUACGCCCCGUUGACCGAGACCGUGGUCGGAAUUGAGAAGGCAUUUCCAGAUUACAACUUUCAUCAGAAGCCCGAUUUUAUAAUUUAUCACGAGGAAAAUAAAAGGAAGAAGUUGGAGGCAGCUAAGCAAGCUGAACAAAAAAGGUGAUUAGUCUAGGACGAUGAAAGUAAUGUUUUGUAAGAGUGUAAAUAUCUGACAGUGAAUUGUGUACAUAUAGUAUUCUAUUAAAAUGUUUUCCUUUCUUGUGUACUUCUUGUUGCAGACUGUAUUGAUUAAAUUGUUUGUAAAUGCUUAAU